AACCGCUUGAAUCUGAAUUCACCCGUCAUUUUUGUGGGAAAUGCAAGAGAGGGAGUUGAUUCAGUUGUUCUCUUUUCUGGUGAACGAGGUUUAGAGACCUCUUCGUUGGUUCUACGUGACGUGAUUGGAUUUCAUUUAUGGGAUACCCCAGAUAGAAUUUAUUCAGAAUUGAGUAGUAUUAUUAGGAAAUUUGAAUGGCUUUUUACCAUAAAGCUUGUUAUUUUUUUUUUUUCAUUUCUUACCGUUAAUUCCUUGUUAUUUUAUUUUCACGACAACUUUCUCUUGCAGAAGGUUUGUUCUUUUCCGUUUCUUAAAACAAGGAAAAGAAUAAUUAUGCUGUGAAGGAGGCUUGCGCAAUUAUUGAGACUCUUCCUCUUUUUUAGUGUCAAAUUUACUAUCUAAUAAUGACAUUUAAUGAUAACAGCAGAUGUCAUUGGUUAGGAAAUAAAUUCUUUUGGUUAGUGAGGUUUCAGAUCUUUAAAUUUACUCUCUUUUUUUCCUUUUAGUGUGAAGGAUCAGAUUGAGGAAUGCCAAGAAAAUGGGGAGGAAGGGAAAUUGGUUUUCAAGCGUGAAGAAAGCUCUCAGCCCCGACUCAAAGGAGAAGAAAGAUCAGAAAUCAAGUAAAUCUAAGAAGAAAUGGUUUGGGAAGCAAAAAUUACAGACUUCUGUCUCAUACUCAGAAGCUGAUAAGCUGCCACCGCCACCAUCUGUUCCUCUGCCAGAAGAGAUUAAAUUAACUGAUAUUGAAAAUGAAAUCAGUCAUGAUCAUGUUGUUGAAGUUGUAACUGCCGUUGAAGCCGAGGUACCUGUUCCUCCUGUUCAGAUAGAAACUGUUAGGGUUGAAGCUGCUCGAAUUCCUCGUUUUGCUGGUAAACCAAAUGAUGAAGUGGCAGCAAUCAAAAUUCAAACAGCUUUUCGGGGAUACUUGGCAAGAAGAGCAUUGCGGGCUUUAAGGGGACUGGUCAGGCUGAAAUUACUGAUGGAAGGGUCGGUUGUAAAACGCCAAGCCACGAGUACCCUCCGAUCUAUGCAGACACUGUCUCGCUUGCAGUCUCAGAUUCGUUCCAGGAGGAUCAGAAUGUUGGAGGAGAAUCAGGCUCUGCAGAGACAGCUCUUACAGAAACAUGCAAGAGAGCUUGAGAGUUUGCGGAUGGGAGAGGAAUGGGAUGACAGCCUACAAUCAAAAGAACAAAUCGAGGCCAAGUUACUAAGCAAGUAUGAGGCUGCUAUGAGGAGAGAAAGAGCAUUGGCUUAUGCAUUCACUCAUCAGCAAAACUGGAAGAACUCAUCUAGAUCUUUAAAUCCUAUGUUCAUGGAUCCAACAAAUCCUGCCUGGGGUUGGAGCUGGUUGGAACGAUGGAUGGCAGCCCGACCAUUAGAGAACCGUAGCCAGGUGGAUAAAGAGUUAAAUGAUCAUGGAUCCGUGAAAAGCUCAAGCCGCGGCAUUACUGGUGGAGAAAUCAGCAAGUCAUUUGCUCGUUUUCAGCUCAAUUCUGAGAAGCACUCUCCAACAGCCAGCCAAAAUCCUGGCUCACCAAGCUUUCAGUUCACUCCUUCCAAGCGAGUUUCGGCAUCUGCUAAGAAAUCAAAGAAGGCAAGUCCAAGGGGCAGCUGGAUUACAGACGAGGACUCUAAAAGCUUGGUGAGUGUCCAGUCAGAUCGGUUCCGGAGGCACUCGAUCGCAGGUUCAUCGGUGAGAGACGAUGAGAGCCUUGCCAGCUCUCCAGCAAUUCCAAGCUACAUGGUGCCAACUCAAUCUGCAAAAGCCAAAUCCAGGACACAAAGUCCAUUAGCCCCAGAAAAUGGAAAAACUGAGAAAGGAUCCUUUGGGACUGCAAAGAAGCGGCUAUCUUUCCCAGCUUCACCUUCCAGGCCAAGGCGCCAUUCAGGUCCACCAAAGGUAGAAAUCAGCUUAAAUGCGGAGUUAUCUGUGGACAAAGUUGUGGACAGUUGACCAUACAGGAAAAAGGAUGGAAACUGUUGAAUUGGAAUUGAAAUAUAUCACUGAAGGAAUAGCACAAAAGGAGUUCAUUUAAAUUGAGUGUUCCAUUUAUUUAUUUUCCCUAUUUUUAUGUGUAUCCUAAAGUUUCUUGGAGGAUUUUGAUUUGGGGUGAUAAUUGUUUUACUUACUAUAUUUAUCAAUUUGUAUCUUCAUUCACUUUGCUCUAUCUGCCCUGAGGGGAAGAUAUGCGAUUCAUGGCCAAAUGACAGAAAGGACAAAUGAACUGCCCGAAUCCUUUCUGUGCUUCCCCAUCCAAGGACAAGUAUCAUUCUGGUCAAAGUUCCUCAUUCUUGAUUC